GGCUUGCGGGUUGUCGACUUCUUGUUCCAUGAGCGAAAACAAGCUCCCGAAGCUUCCUGGCUUCUCGUUUGAUUGGUGCAACAUGUGUGAUUCUCGGAAUUAAGGCCGGCAUGAGCUCCACAUAGGCCCUCGCUGAAACCUCAAACGACAGCCGAAAAGGGACACUUCUCACAUUCGUUCCGCGAAAUUGCAACCCUAGACGCCAAUCUCCCUCCGAACUCGUGUCUGAAGCGGGCCGUCAUCGCGGAGUUCGGUGCCUGAAUAUCUGGCCGGCACCCAAGCGAAGCCCUCUCUGAGCCUUUGCAAGGGCCUGGAAGAUGACGACCCGAGAACCGGGAUCAGAAGGGCGGACGUGGGGGUGGCAUCGUCAACCCCUUAUAGAGGCGACGAUCACCCGCUCCGUUUCAACGGCUAGGUUGCUUGUCUAGCAGUUUCUUGCGUAGCUCUGCGCCAAGAUGAAGUUCGCGGUUUUGUCCAGUCUCGUCGCCAACGCGCUAUCUGUCUCGGCAGGCACCGUUCUCUGGGAUGGCCGCUUCAACGACCUCUCUUCCUCAACCGACCUCAACAAGUGGUCAUGGGGCAACCAGGUCGGCCCCUACCAGUACUACAUCCAUGGAUCCUCCGAGGUGACGGCUUACGUCAACCUGUCCCCCGACUACAAGAACCCGGCCGAUACGAACUCCAAGCAGGGCGCCAAGAUCACGCUGGACAGCACGGCAUACUGGAAUGGCCAGAACAUGCGGCGCACCGAGCUGAUCCCCCAGACCAGCGCUCCCAUUAACAAGGGCAAGGUGUACUACCACUUCUCGCUGAUGCGCAAGGACACCAACGCGCCCGCGACGACCCGCGAGCACCAGAUCGCCUUCUUCGAGAGCCACUUCACCGAGCUCAAGUCUGGCCUGCUCUCGGGCGCCGCGGGCGAGUCGGACACAUCGCUGCGGUGGUGCGUCGGCGGGCAGACCAAGUGGAGCACCGAGUGGGUGGCCGGCGUGUGGCACAACGUGGCCUACGAGAUCGACUUCGACGCCAACACGGUUGGCUUCUGGCACUCGACCGGCAGCGAUCCGCUGACGCAGGUGAUUGCGCCCGUCAGCGCCAGCACCAGCAGCAACGGCGCCGACUGGCACGUUGGCGUGCUGGAGCUGCCCCGCUCGGGCUACGCCGACACCACCGAGGACUACUACUGGUCCGGCGUGUACAUCGAGAGCGGCAGCCUGACGACCGCCAUCGGCUCUGGCUCAGCUCCGGGAGGUGGCAGCAGCAGCAGCAGUGCUCCCGUUAGCAGCAGCACCAAGGCACCGGUCUCUUCUUCGACAACUCUUGUCACCUCCACUACCAAGACGAGCGCUGCUCCAGCCACCUCGACCACGCCGAGCGGCUGCACUGCGUCGCAGUGGUCGCAGUGCGGCGGCAACAACUUCAGCGGCUGCAAGACCUGCGCUGCCCCCUACACCUGCAAGUUUGUCAACGACUGGUACUCGCAGUGCGUAUAAGGGGCAGGCAUCCUGGGCGUAAGCAGAUGUCUGUGUAUAUAUCCUUCGCUUCUUGUCGAUAGUUGAUGCAUCUUUGCCGGUUUGGUGGUGUCCUCCCAGCGCAAACCAGCACCGUACACCGCACUAUCCUCGGAUAGCUUUUGAUGUGAUAACGUAAUCCGGCUUUCUGGAGUGAGGCAAUCAGUGGAAUGUGUGAUAACCUUCAGACGUACAUUCCGGGGGCGACAGUUGUGUAGGUACCUAUCUUUCUGUGUCGCGCAAACCAGUACACGUGCCCAGACUCACAAUCCCGGGCACAUGUCUUCCUCAGCAAAAGUUGAGAAAAGCCUCACAUAGCUAAGGCAGUACGGUAAGGGAUCAGAAUCCCUUGGUCACACGUGUGG